AUGAAAAUUGAUAAAAAGUUGCUUCCUAUAAAAGGACACUACUUUCUUUUUAAUGCUGGAACGGCUCCCCUGGUGCCAUAUUUAUCAACGUAUGCAAGACAGUUGGGUUUCACGUCAGCCACAGUUGGUCUUAUAUACACAGUACUGCCCAUCUUUGGUUUAAUAGCAAAGCCGCUGUUUGGAGUAAUUGCUGACAAGUUCAAACUACAGAAGCCGAUAUUCAUACUGUUCCAAAUCGUGACCAUAGUCAGUUUCUCGGCGAUUUACGUCAUACCGGGGGAGAACACCGAAGAUCCCUCGGUGCAACUCGAGUGCGGAGAUGGCGCUACCUUCCUACGCAGCUGCUACCAGGAUCCGAGCUCGGUCAAUCAGUGCACUAAGGGGGAGUUGGAGGCACUCGUGGGGACGUCGCGAUGUAACAUGAGCUGCGAAAUGGACUCGCCGAAGAUGUGGCAGACCGUUUGCGAACACUGGCACAUACCGCAGUACUGCUACAGCGAGACCGACAACAUCCAAUACACUACAGAAAUCGACAGCGUCGGCUAUAAUGACGACAACUGCAUAAACUUGUUCACAAACAAAGUGGCCUUGGACGGCUACGAUUACACACCGCGCUGCCACAUCGGCCAAGGCUACCUCGACCUGGAGCAGCCUUGCAUCAUGAACUGCACCGACCCCAAGCUGAUGGCCGCCAUCCUUGGCGAAAGACCAACAAUGACCUGUGUGAACGGAAAGCUGAGCUUCCGCGUCUGCUCGGAGAUUGCAAGAGCCCUGCGCAAUACCUUCAACGGGCCACAUUAUGAUCAGUGUCAGGUGUCCUGCGACCUGGACAAGUCAGCACCUUGGCGCCUAAUGGAGAUCUGCGAGUCGUGGGGCGCUGACGCUGCCGAUACUUGCCACCCGAAGACCAGGUUGGGCGCAGAGUUCCCGAGGAAUCUAUCCUUCGUCGGUACCAUACUCCUCUCUUCCGUUCUAAUUGAAACGGAGUGCGCAAACGUCCAGCUGCAUAACAUCAAAAUGCCCGAUGGAUCCAUCCACUAUCCGAAUUGCUUGGAUAAAGCUGCAUAUGUAGCUGGGAUUGAGAUCUUUCGUCCCAAAUGCCAAAUACAGUGCGACAACUCUACCAUCAACGUCUGGUUCCAAUCAGCCUCAGAUAGCCACAACAACACCACACAGUACACAAGGCAGUUCUGGUUCUUUUUUCUCCUGAUGAUAAUCAGUUGGAUCGGUCAAGCGGUCGUUGUGACGUUUGCGGACGCUAUCUGUUUCAAUCUGUUAGGGACUCGUGUCCCGCUCUUCGGAAAGCAAAGACUGUGGGGCUCUGUCGGCUGGGGCAUUUUCUCACUCCUAACUGGCACGUUAAUUGACUGGUUUAGCGAAGGCGCAUACAAAGACUACACCGUUGCAUUUAUACUAAUGUUUGUGUUUAUGUGUGGGGACGUAAUUGUUUCCGCAUUCAUUAAGACUGAAUCAACGAGGAUAUCUGUCAACAUCCUCGUAGAUGUUGGCACUUUGCUAUCUUCGGUGCCAACGUUCGUGUUUAUGCUGUGGACGAUUGCCGUUGGCCUUUGCACCGGUCUUCUCUGGCAGUUUCUUUUCUGGCUAAUCGAGGACAUUUAUGGCUGCGAUAACUCAGACUACGUGAAGACGUUGCAAGGGCUUGCUAGCGCCAUACAGACGUUCUGCGGGGAGAUACCGUUCAUGUUUGCGUCAGGUCAUAUACUGAAUAAACUGGGUCAUAUAAACACAAUGAGCCUGGUUUUGUUCGCUUUCGGGGUAAGGUUCAUCCUGUACUCUUACCUCACGAAUGCAUGGUGGUUGCUGCCUAUUGAGAUGCUGCAAGGGGUCACAAUCGGAAUGUUCUAUCCCACCAUGGCGUCGUACGCUAAUGCGGUUUCACCCCCAGGCACUGAAACAACUGUACAGGGCCUUGUCGGCGCCGUGUUCGAGGGUGUGGGCACUUCGCUGGGUAGCUUCAUCGGGGGCAGAAUGUACGAAUCGUACGGAGGUCCAAACACGUUCCGCUGGUUCGGUAUCGGCUCGUUGGUCUGCUGUGCCGUCCACGUGUUCCUUCAAUGCCUCAUCAAGGACAAAGUUCGUCACGCCGAGAUGACGAAAGCAUACACAAUUAUGCAUCAUGAAAGGUCUUACGAACCUACAUAUAUAUUGGAAGAAAUGACAGAUAUGAAUACGGAAGAU